CAUCGGAUAUAUUUUUAUAUGACACUGCAUCAAAACUGGCGACGGCAGCUAGCUAGCGGCUAGUUUGCUAAACAUUCAAGCGUUCAAUUAUUUAAUUAAUGUAUGACAAUUAAAGACCGAUAAAACUCAACCGUUAUGAAGCCAGCAGUCGACGAGAUGUUCCCCGAAGGAGCUGGGCCAUACGUGGAUCUUGAUGAGGCCGGGGGGAGUACAGGACUGCUCAUGGACCUGGCCACCAAUGAGAAGGCAGUUCAUGCAGACUUUUUCAAUGAUUUUGAAGACCUUUUUGAUGAUGAUGAUGUCCAGUGAGGAAGAUUAUGGGUUUAUUUUUGGGGAGGGGACUUUUUUUAAAUAUAUAUAUAUAAGGUGAUUGAAUGACAGACUGGAUGAUUUUUCUGGGACUACAUGGAAAACUGGCUAUUUAAACUCUAAUCACAUACAAUUUACAUUCAGCCAAAUAGCUAGUUCUAGGUUGUAACAAAAUCAUCACUGCUGCCACCAGAUGUUGCACCAAAAAUAUGUUGGAAUGUUCCAAUUUAUGAGUUGCUAUCAUGCUAACGUAGCUUCAACAUACUUCCAAGCUGGAUUGUAGGUCUGUCUCUCUCUCUCCCCUCUUCUCUCUGAGAACACCUGUUCCUCAGGCAUGUGGAGCAUAAUUAUAUACGGGAUGAUCCCAGAGCCUCCGAUGCAGUCAGAUUGCAGAUGGCAGAUGAUGAAUGGGGCGCCGCAAAGAAUCGCUUAAAUUAUUUGUAAUGACAAAUAAAAGCCUGACAAUAAUGA